AUGAUCGCCGCCGUCGAGAAGCAGAAAUUCGUAUACGUCCUGAACCGCGACGCGGCGGCCAACCUCACGAUUAGCAGCCCGCUGGAGGCUCACAAGAGCCACAACGUGGUGUUCAGCGCGGCGGCGCUCGACUGCGGGUUCGACAACCCGGUGUUUGCGACCAUCGAGCUGGACUACUCGGAAGUAGACCAGGACCCUUCCGGCGAGGCCGCGCAGGGCGCCCAGAAGCAGCUGGUGUAUUACGAGCUCGACCUCGGCCUCAACCACGUGGUGCGCAAGUGGAGCGACGCCGUCGACAACGGCGCCAACCUGCUCAUCCCCGUGCCCGGCGGCGGCGACGGCCCCGGCGGCGUGCUGGUCGCCGCCGAGAACUUCCUGCUGUACCGCCACCAGGGCCACGAGGAGCUGCGGGCGGUGCUGCCUCGGCGCGACGUCCUGCCGGCUGACCGGGGGGUGCUGAUCGUGUCUUACGCGGCCCACAAGAAGAAGGCCUACUCCUUCUUCCUGCUGCAGUCCGAGUAUGGAGACAUCUACAAGGCGACCCUGCAGCACUCUGGCGACACGGUCACGAACCUGACGGUCAAGUACUUUGACACGCUGCCGCCGACCGCCAGCCUGGCGGUGCUCAAGACCGGCUUCCUGUUUGCCGCCAGCGAGUUUGGCAGCCACGCCCUCUACCAGUUCAUCCGACGGCCCGGGCACAAAAAGUGUUGUGCCGGUCCAGUGCGCCGGGCUCUCUGCUAG